AUGGCUAUGCAACAAUACAUAGGUUCUUCUUCUUCAUCUUCUAAGGUAGCAUCCUUGAAAAAAUUUGAUGUUUUUAUUAGCUUUCGUGGUGAGGAUACUCGUAAAACCUUCACAAGCCAUCUUUAUGAAGCUCUUAGGAAAAAAGUUCAAACAUUUAUUGAUAUUGAGCUUGAAAAAGGAGAUGAGAUCUCACCAGCACUCAACGAAGCCAUUGAGGGGUCAGAUGCAUCUAUAGUCAUAUUUUCAAAAGACUAUGCAUCUUCAAAAUGGUGUUUGAAUGAACUCGUUAAGAUUCUAGAAUGCAAGAGAGAUCGCAGACAGAUUGUCAUACCUGUUUUCUAUGAUAUAGAACCAUCUGAUGUCAGGAAUCAAACUGGGACUUAUCGACAAUCUUUUGAAAAACAUGAGCGAGAUUUGAGACACAACAAAGACAAGUUGCAGAAAUGGAAAGAUGCACUCUUCGAAGCAGCUAAUUUAUCUGGAUGGAACUCUCAAAAUUACGGGAUGGAUGCAUAUUUUAUUGAGGUUAUUGUGGAAGACGUUUUGGAAAGACUGAAUCGUAGACACCCAUUUGAAGUAAAUAAACAACUUGUUGGCAUUGAGAAAAAGUAUGAAAAAUUAGAAUCUUUAUCGAAAAUUGGAUCAAAUGGUGUUAGAACCCUUGUAUUAUGGGGCAUGGGAGGCAUAGGAAAGACCACUCUAGCCAAACACUUAUAUGCUAAGCAAUAUUCUCAAUUUGAAUGUACUUGCUUCAUUGAAAAUAUAAGCGAAGAAUCAACCAAGUGUGGACUCAAGUCUGUGCGUAACAAACUUUUUUCUACAUUGUUGGGGCUUCCUCUCAAUGCACCUUAUGUAGAAACUCCAAUUUUCAAAAAUAAACUUGCACAUGAAAGAAGUCUCAUUGUGUUGGAUGAUGUGGCAACUUUAGAACAAGCAGAAAAUGUUAACGUAGUCCAUAAAUACUUGGGAGAAGGGAGUAGAGUCAUUAUCACAACUAGAGAUAUGCAGAUAUGUAGUCAAUUUGACGAGUGUGAAAUAUAUGAGUUUGAGGAGAUGAAUGCAGAAGAAUCUCUUCAAUUAUUCUGUUGGAAUGCUUUUGGAGAAAAAUGUCCUAAGGAUGGAUAUGAUAAUCUAUCAAAAAGGGCAAUUCGUUUUUGUAGAGGCAAUCCCCUAGCUUUGAAAGUUUUAGGUGCAAACUUUCGUACAAAAAAAAGUAAAGAAGCAUGGGAAAGUGAGUUGGGGAAACUCAAAAGAAUUCCCCAUAGGAGAAUCCAUGAUAUGUUAAAAUUGAGUUUUGAUGACUUAGAUUCUACUCAACAAGCCAUAUUUCUAGACAUUGCAUGCAUCUCCAAAUAUUCACGUAGAUAUGAUAAUCUUGAUGAUAAAGAUUACAAAACAGCAUUUUGGAAUGCUUGUGAGUUUUUUGCAGAGAGUGGAUUACAAGUCCUUAAAGAUAAAGCACUCAUAUAUUUUGAAAAGGAAUGCUUUAUCAGAAUGCAUGAUUUGUUAAAAGAAAUGGGAAAAGAGAUUGUUACGAAAGAAUCAGUCAAAGACCCCGGAAGAAGAAGUCGAUUGUGGGAUCAAAAUGUGUAUGAUGUAUUGAAAUAUAACAAGGGAACUGAAGUUGUUGAAGUUAUACAAUUUACUAUUUAUUUAAUGGGAGAUUUGUACUUGAGCUCAGAUUCCUUUAAAAGCAUGAUCAACUUAAGACAUCUUUAUAUCAAUAUAGGUUAUCAAAGUAAUUUGCAUUUGCUUGAAGGUCUUGAGUGGUUGUCUGAUAAAUUGAGGUGUCUUGAGUGGCAUAAAUUCCCACUAGAGUCGUUGCCAUCAACCUUUUAUGCAAAAUUUCUUGUAAAGCUUAUAAUGAAGCAUAGCAAGCUUAAAAAGCUUUGGGAUGGAAUUCAGAGACUUUACAAUUUAAUGAUUCUUGAUCUUGGUUACUCCAAAGACCUGAUUGAGAUUCCAGAUUUAUCAAAGGCCCCAAAUCUUCAAAGAAUAAUCCUUUCUGGUUGUAAGAGUCUAUGUCGACUUCAUCCAUCCAUUUUCAGUAUCCCCAAGCUUACAGAACUAAAAUUAGAUGGCUGCCAAAAGAUUGAAAGCCUGAAAGAUAACAUUCAUUUCAAAUCUCUCCAAAUACUUGAUCUCUCUUAUUCUUCAUUUCUUGCGGAAUUUUCAUUGAUAUCGGAGGAAAUGGUGUUGUUGUCUUUAUGGGGCGCUGUUGUACACGGACUUUCUUCAUUGAUGUGGUGUACUAAGAAACUUACUGAACUGCACCUUAAUGGAUGUACACAAAUCAAUGCAUCGAAUCUUUGGUUUAUCCUUGAAGGCACACCGUAUUUGGAAGUACUAUGUUUGAGUAUGUGCUGCAACUUAGAAACUCUCCCUGACAACAUCCAAAACAAUUCAAUGUUGGAAAUUCUUGAUUUAGAUGACUGCCAGAAACUUAAGUCCCUACCAAAACUUCCAGUUAGCUUGCACAGCUUUACAGCCAAGAAUUGCAUUCAUUUGGAGACUAACUCCAUUCAACGAUCAAUACUUGAGAAUAUGUUACACAACAGAACCCAUUUACAUAACAACUGGAAGGUACCAAUUUAUUGUAUGAAUUUAUGUUUCUCUCCGGGUGCUCAAGUUCCUCGUGAGUUUAAUUUUCAUACAACAGAGGCUUCCAUAGAUAUUCCUCCUAUUCUGAAAUAUGGUUUGUGCGGUUUCGUCAUUUGCAUCAUUCUACCUAAACGAGCGGAUUUUACUUACUCUCAUAUUUCUUUUACUAUUAAUCAACUCAACGAAAUAAUUGACCACAAGGAAUGGUCUUUGUAUGGUAAAUUAAUUUCAGAUCAUGUAUUGUUAGGCUGGAUAGGAUGUUAUAGUUCUCACUGGAUGAAGGUUGGGAGUGAAAGUGGAGGUUAUCAUUACAACCUUUCAUUUAAAUUCAAUUGUGUACGCGGUUGGGAGGGUAAAACAUGGAUCAAGGGUUGUGGGGUCAUUCCUGUAUAUGACUUAAAACAUAGUUUUGUGUUGGAUGGUAGAACUAGUGGAGUUGAAAUUGUUGAAAUACAACCCGGCGCUCAACUAUCUGAUGAUGAUGCUAAUGAUAUUAAAGUUUUGGAUGAUUGUCAUGGACAUUCAAAAUUUGAUAUUGAUGAGUCACAAGACCAAGAAAUUGGAGCUGAAAAUGAAGAUCACCAGCAACAACUAAUUAUUCUUCCAACAAAAAAUACGGAGUUGAAUGAUAAAUCUUCAUGUUCAUGUUCAAUAGGUCUGUUGUUGAACCACAUUCUAGAAGAAUCAAAACGUCUAUUUCUCAAGCAAAGAUAA